CUGCAGGAAAUAAGUGAUUUUCAAUGACUAAGACUCCCGGAGGCGGUGUGUGCACGGUGCAGCUCUUUAGUAUAAAAGCAGCCAGUCGCACUCGCGCCUCACAGAGAACAUGCUUGUGCAAUGCAACAGAGAGGCUGCUUGUUCUGAGAGAGGAGCUCCUUACGUAGUUUUCUAAUGAGGAAACACUCCAGGUGAAGGAGUCAUCGUUCUCCUUUUGGGAACAAGACAAAAUAAAAAAACAGCUUGGAUUAACGUGCUUUCACAUGCAUCGAAGGUGACUGAGCGUCAAAAUCAAAGUGAUCCCGAUCAUUCCCAUGGAUUUUACAUUGCACAGUGUGUCCACAGCUAAAAGACCCACAUCAGUUCGAGAGUCCGGUGGUGAUGCUGGCAAUGCAGCACUCCAACUCCUCAGGCAUUAGUGCCUUACUUCCCCUCUCUAACCACACCGCCGUGGCAAAAGAGCCUAAGAUGGAGGCCGUAGUAACAAAAAACACCACCCAACCCCGAAGCAACCCCACAGCUGCUGGCCUAACUAUGACACUGGGCAUCAUUUUCAAUGUGGUAGCCCUCAUCAUUCUUGUCAAGGCUUACAACCGCUUCCGUCGGCGGACAAAGGCGUCGUUUCUGCUCUUUGCAAGCUCCCUGGUUGCCACAGAUCUGGCUGGACAUGUUAUCCCCGGAUCCCUGGUGUUGAGUAGAUACUCUACAAGCACAGAGGCAGAAGUCGGCCUGGGCUCUAGUUUUCAAGAUAAUUCUACAGAUCAAGACGCCUCCUGCUUGUUUCUGGGGGGGUGCAUGGUGUUUUUUGGCCUGUGCCCACUCUUCCUAGGCUGUGCCAUGGCCGCCGAGCGCUGCCUGGGCAUCACCAGUCCUUUGCUGCACGCUCGUCUGGUGACCACAGCUCGGACAAAGAUGGCGCUAAUACUGAUCUGGCUCCUAGCUUUGUGUGUAGCACUUCUACCUUUCAUCAGUCUUGGUGAUUAUACAUCCCAGUUCCCAGGGACUUGGUGCUUUAUCAGGGUGAUGGAGGGCACUAAAGCCACAGAUCUGGCCUUUAUGAUAUUAUUCUCUGGACUGGCUUUGAGCUCGCUGGGCCUGGCCUUUGUGUGCAACACCAUCAGCGGGAUCACACUGGUGAGAGCCCGGCUAAAGAGGUCCUGCUCCCAGCGGUACACGACCAGGUCUCAUGACACGGAGAUGGUGGUCCAGCUGGUCGGAAUCAUGGUCACUUCCAGCAUCUGCUGGAGCCCUCUGCUGAUCUUUGGAUUGAUAUCAGCUGUACGGUCCUACACCAGCUCCACAUUUAGUGACAAAGAGACUUACAAACAUCUCAUGAUGACAGGUGUCCGAAUGGCCACCUGCAAUCAGAUCCUGGACCCGUGGGUUUAUAUCCUGCUGAGACGUGCCAUCCUCAGAAAAAUCUACCGCAUCACUAAAAAGCAGGCCAGCUUCAGGGGAAGCACUCUCCGGCGCUGGGAUUUCGGCUCCUUUCAGAACUCAGAGAAAACAAAAGUUGAUCCCAAAAGUUUUAAAUAAAAAGAGCAUAAGCUGCCCCGGUUUAAAUAAAACUGUUAUUGUGAGUGGGGAUGUCAAAUGUUCUGAGCUGGAUGAUCACCUACUGCCUAAGGAGAACCUCUUGUGGUUUUACAAGGGAAAAAACGCUGACUACGGUAAAGAGAAGAGUUUGUCCUGCUUGAAAGCAGAUGUAAAAAAAAAAUAAAAAAGACACUAUGAGCAGGACUCUUCCGUGUUCCCAUUUCCUAAAGUAAAGACUAUUUAGUCUUAAAGAAAACAUCUCAACUAAAAAGUUUGGCCUUUGAUGUUGUCUUUUUCUUUUACUUCUCUGGGGUAAUGUAAAUGACUUGUGUAAAUGCUUAGGCAACAGCAAAAAGAUGUGAAAAACUCCACGUAUGUGCACAGUGGAGGGUUGUGACAUGAAUGUGAAUAAGCGUCUUUACUGUGUAUUUGUUAAUGUAUCAGUAGUGUAUCUACUUUUCCCCGAGUGUCCAGGGGCUGAAGUGAAGCUAUGUGCUGCAAGAGCUAACUGAAUGUGACAUUGUGUUUUCUUUUUUUAAAGGGAAUGUAAUAAAAAGUUGUAUUGUCUCAUUUUAAA